AGCAAUUCGUCAACGAAGCAACCAACGAAGCACCAAGCACAACGAUCUCUAGUCAGUCAGUCAGUCACUCAGUCGCCCCGAGGAUCACUAAGGAUUACCCAUCAGAAGCAGUCAUGUUCGUUCGUCCACUUUUCAUCUGCUGCCUGGCCCUGCUGGCUCUGGCCCAGGCCCGUCCUCAGUACGGUUAUGAGCAGCCCGGUUCCGGCCCCUCGGACAUCUUCAUUGGAGGCAGCGGCGGCGGUGGCGCUCACGUCAUAGGAGGCGGCGGCAGCAUCGGCGGCAUUGGCGGCGGCCUGGUGGCAAUCCAGCCCCAUCGCGGUGGCGACAAGUACCUGCCACCGGCGAGCACCACACAGGCGCCCAUCAUCAACAAGAAAUUCUAUCUGGUUUCGGCGCCCGAGGAUCACAGCAACGAUGGCAAGGUGAAGCACCUGGUUCUGGGACGCCCGCAGAAGAACUAUCGCGUGGUGUUCAUCAAGGCCCCGGCCGGCGACAAUGCGAAUGUCAAGUAUUCGGCCGAGUUUGCACCGCAGGAGGAGAAGACCGUCAUCUAUGUGCUGUCCAAGAAGGACAAUGAUCUGGAUGCCACCGAUAUUGCCACACCGGCGCCCACACAGCCCAGCAAGCCGGAGGUAUUCUUCAUCAAGUACAAGACCGACGACGAGGCGAAGCAGGCCCAACACGAGAUCCAGGGACAGUACGACAAGCUGGGCGGCACCAACGAGUACCAGGAGGACAACAAUGCGCCCAUUACCUCGGUGAUCGGCAGCCUGGAUGGCCUCAAUCCCGAUGGCAGCUACAACUACCGCCAGAUCGGCAACCGGCCAUCGAGCGGACCCAACAGCAGCCUGUCGCCCAGUGCCCAGUAUCUGCCCAGUCUGCUCAAGCAUUAAUCGCACAAUCACCCGACCAGCCACCAGCCACCCGCAUACGUACCACCCGCACCCUGCACCCGCAUAUGCACCGCCUCCCCCUCACAAAUCCCACCCAUUUUUCAGUGUUGCAUAAUUUUAAGAGAA